AUGGUGUAUACACGCGACGGGGAUGAUAGCCGAUGCCGGGGGAUGCACGGGACUCAAGUCUUGGCCAACCCGUCCGUCAUCAACUCCCGCCGCAACCCCAGAGCUGUCUGUAUGAAGCCCCAGCCAUGGCACUCUUUGGACAGUCGAGCUCUGCAUCGGCUUCUACAGCACAAGACACGCCCUGAAUCACUCCGAUCAAACCUCAGGUCUUGCAGCUUCUCCACAUCCUCAGGGCGCCCAUACCGUCCCCUCGAAACCCUCCACGACGCCCGCGUCGAGACCUUCCGACAGCAAUUCUUCAUCCCGGAAAAGCCGACCAUUCUCCCUCGCUCUCACUUCCGUGACAUUCCCGCGCUGAAGAACUGGUUCCAAGCCGGCAAUGGCUCACCAGCUGAUGCCCCCGAUCGCACGACCCGUCUGAACGUCGAAUACCUCCAAUCCCACGCGGCAGACGCGUUUGUCCCUCUAGAGCUCACAGAGCUCUCGGAUACAACCGCGACAGAUGUCAAGAGAUUUCGCCAGUUUCAUGCCCCGCUCAAUCUCUUCCUAGAAUGGAUGCGCAUGGCAGAGACGUCACCACAAGCAACAAGACUCUACCUAGCCCAAUGCCAACUCCUCGACCUCCCCGUCAUCCUCCGCGACGAUUUCCCAACACCAGCGAUCGUUGCGCAAGCCGGGAAAGGCGAUGUGUAUGACACGAAUGUCUGGAUCGGACACCCACCGACCUACACCCCUCUCCACCGCGACCCGAAUCCAAACCUCUUUGUACAGCUGGCCGGUCGCAAAGUUGUGCGACUUCUACCUCCGGGAGAUGGACAGGGUGUUUUCUCUGCUGUCCGGCGACAACUUGGGAGAAGCAGUGAUCGGGGCGCGGCGGCGAUUCGUGGAGAAGAGAUGAUGCAGGGUGAGGAGAGGGCUUUGCUGGAUCAGAUGGUGUGGGAUGUUCCGGUUUCUGCGGGUUCAGAGAGCGGCACGGGCUUCGAAGCUGAACUUGGAACUGGGGAUGGCUUAUUUAUACCCAAGGGGUGGUGGCAUAGUAUAAAAGGCCUUGGAGAGGGCGUCACGGCUUCGGUUAACUGGUGGUUCCGAUGA